CUUUCCUAACCUCAGAGUCAAUGUUCUCACAUAGCUCCCACCAUCCUAAAAUUAGCAGAAAUACUAUCUAUCUCCAACCUUAACCUCCUCCCAGUUUUGACUCCCAACUACUCUAAUGGCAAACUUGAAUACUGAACAACACCUGCUUUUUACCUACUAAAAUUUUGGCGAGACACAAUGUACAUAACACUAACUAAGAUAACCUGUCCUUUCCAUCCAUUAUUAUUGUUCAUGGAUGGAAGAUGAGUUUAUUGGUUACAGAAGACUGUUGAUGUUUUUGCUAUUGUGGCCUUGUCUGGAAUUGUUAGAAGAUUACUGAGCGUGGGAACUGUUCUUGUGGCAACCAGUAAUCGUGAACCAAGAGACUUAAAUCAGGAUGGUAUGCAAUGGGAAAUCUUUGACAAGUUAGUACAGAAACUUGAGGAUCACUGUAAAUGUGUUCUGAUUGGAAAUGAAAUAGAUUAUCGUCGCCUUAUAGCUCAAAGAUCUAUAGAGCAGGCUCAUUACUAUUGGCCUCUGGAUAGCAAAAGUAAACAAAUGUUUGAGGACAUGUGGAGUGAGAUAACAAAAAAGUAUGGUGGAAAUGUUACUUCUGAGACAGUUCAAGUGAUGUUUGGAAGAACAUUGGAAGUUCCUCAGAGCUGCAAUGGGGUGGCACGAUUUACAUUUGAAUAUCUUUGUGGCCGACCGAUUGGAGCAGCAGAUUAUAUUGCAAUAGCUAACAACUAUCACACAGUCUUCAUCACAGACAUUCCUGUAAUGAGUAUGCGCAUCAGGGACAAGGCUAGGAGGUUUAUCACCCUGAUUGAUGAAUUAUACAAUCGCCAUUGCUGUCUCUAUUGUUCUGCUGAAGCAUCUAUAGAUGAUCUAUUUCAAGGAACAGAAGAGGGAACAUUGUUUGAUAUGGAAAGCUUCCAGUUUGAAACGGAAAUAGAAGGGGGGAGACUUAGGAGAGAUGUUUUAGCUGAAGGUGGUAUUAGUUCAGGAGGUUCACCAACUGGUAUUAUUUCCAUGCUUUCUGGUCAAGAGGAGUUGUUUGCAUUUAGACGAGCCGUAUCACGAUUGAUUGAAAUGCAGAGUCGUGUUUACCUUGAUGCUGCUCGCUACCUUCAUCCCUAUUUCCAGUCCUCACAUGGAAACCUUCAGCAGAUAAGUAGUGCAAACUAAGAAUUAGUUGUGAAUUAGUUUUUGGAUCCCGUGGAUCAACCCCACCGCAGUGUUCCCUAUGGGCAGUCGAACUGAGGCCUGUAAAUUACAUCAUCCUCUGGAUUGAUUGCAUCUGGUCCGCUCAUUGAAUAAUUCCUCCAUAGAGUUGCUCCACAGGAACCAAUCUUUGUGCAGUGUAUGCCUUCCUAAACUUUCUUGCCUCUGAUUGUCAAUAAUGCUUUUCUGCAAGUUAUGAUUGUGAUAUGAGAAUCUUGUUUGGCUUUUUCUUUGGAUCACCAUAUUCAUUCUUACAUUUUCUUAGCGAGGGUGCUGGGUGCAUGCAAGUGUGUUACCGGGAUCCUCAAAUUUUACUUUUACCAUACCAGUGAGUAUUCAUGAUGUAGAGCAUGUUGUUUUUGUUAUAAUAAAUAUUGGGAAGCCAUGGCCUUCCGGACCUCUACUAAACUUCGCCACUGUCCGUUCUAUUCACCCUGUGUGGGCUUAAUUUAUUAAUUUUUUUCAAUUUUUUAUUAUUUCCCGGACUAGUUUGGGUGAAGCAUAUAAUGGCGUGCUAUACUGAAAAAGUGUUGUAAUGACUAAUGCUAAACACGAAGUAAUAUUAUUAACAAGUCAUUAGCUUCCUUUUA